AUGAGUGUCAACGGCACAGAGUCGCUGUCGUCGGAGUCGGGAGCGCCGCUGGACCGCUUCAUGCAACGAAGGUUGCAGCGGCUAAACACCGAACAGGGUUUCCGCGAGCAGCGUCAAGCUUCGCAGUCGCAGGCCCAACACUCGAAAUCGUCGUCGUUGGCUCAGGCCGAUUUCCACACCCAACACCAACAAGCCCAACAGCAGCCACAACAACAAUCUCUCCAACAUCACUCUGACCAGCCGCUGCCAUCCCGCAUUCCUGCACAGGUCAUCCCCAGCGUCCCGAAUUCGACUGCAACCACGCCAUCCUCGUCCUCCGCCUCGCCGCAUUCGCAUUCGCACUUCCGUCACGACACUCCGCAAAACCCGCAAUACCAACCUCUGCGCAACUUUGCCAAACUUCACGACGACGGGCCAAUUCAGCUGUCUACUUCGCCUAAUACAGCUCCGCCGCGCCAGCCCUCGAUGGCUUCGUCCAAUCAGAGUCCCGCCCCUACCGCCAGAGACCCCUCCAUCUUGUCGCAACAACAGGCACAACAAUCAAAAGACGUCGGUCGCUCGACGCCCCAGCCUCAGGCCGAGGACUUGACCGAGGACCAAGUUCGACAAUUGCUCAACGAUCACAAGGAACUUCGCGAAAAAUACCAGAAGGUUAAGAAGUACUAUUUCGAAAAGGAGGACCAGGUCAAGCAGUUGCAAAACAGUCUCGCCCACCAGAGGAUUGCCCAAUCUCGUACAUCGCUCGACGACGGCGAGUAUGCCACUCGCUUCAACCGCCUGGAUGGCCUGAUCGCACAAUUGUCCUUCAGCAUUAGGAAGAGCUGGAAGUCGGUGCCUGUAUGGCUGACUCCUGCUGUCAACAAGGAUGCCAUCUCUAUCGGCAAGCAAGAAAUGACGGCGGUUGGAAGGGCUUUUGUUUCAAAAUGGCUGGUGGAAGACGUCUUUGACCGUUACUUCCACCCGGACCUUGAUCUAGCCCUGUCGACGCAGUUGAAGCAGAUGCAGAACAACAUUCGUCUCUUCGCGCCGCCUGCUUCAGUGCACGAGGACGAAGAAUUUCUCACCUCCAAGGUCGUCAACUGGCGACUGACCACGCUAGAGGCCAUGCAGGAUAUUCUACGAUUGCCCGAGGCCCCCAAACACCGCUCCCACAUGACGGAUUUACUCAAGGCGCAGCUCCGCACUGCUCUGGAAGCGCACCUUGAUAACCCACCCGUGUCUGAUCUCGAGGGUGGCGUACAUAUGAUCUGCGAGCUUGCCGUCGCAAUGCUGGGUCACUUGCCGCAAGAAAGUCGCGAUGUCACCAUCGAGUAUUUCCUACCGGGUUCUACGGUAAAUACGGAUAUCAUGAAGAUCGAGUCCGGCAUACCUGCAUUGGCUACAUCGAUGGCUGACGAAAAGGCCGAACGAGGCAGCGUCAACAGCGAGUUGGCUGACUCGGGUGAUCGAGCAUCGACCGAGCAGGGCCGCAGACGCAACAUGCUUAGUGCUUUGACCGGCCAUAAGAAGGGUCAUGCGGCACAAGGAAAGCUGAACGGCGGCAGCAGCACCAGCCUCGCAGGCAAAGAAGAUCGCGUGCGUCUUGCAGUCGGUAUCGCGGCUCACGUUAGGGAGCGUGGCAUACUUGUCAAGGCUCCCGUCUUCACGGCCAUGUGA